AUGGCCGGCAUUGGUAAAGCAAGAUCGUCGACCUCUUUGCCGCUGCGACGUAUACAGCCCGCGCUAUCGGAUGGUGACUUAGACAACGGAAAGCUGGACGGCAGGAAUACGCUGUACCAAAGCCAUGCUGCUCGCGACACUAAGAUGUUCAUUGGUGGACUGAACUGGGAGACGACCGACCAGUCUCUCAGGGAUUACUUUGCCCAAUUCGGCGAGGUUGUCGAGUGUACCGUGAUGCGCGACAGCACCACCGGCCGGUCGCGAGGCUUUGGCUUCCUCACGUUCAAGGAUGCCAAGACUGUCAAUAUCGUUAUGGUCAAGGAGCAUUUCCUCGACGGCAAGAUUAUUGAUCCGAAGCGCGCCAUCCCCCGCGACGAACAGGAGAAGACGAGCAAGAUCUUCGUCGGCGGUGUCAGUCAAGAGACGACCGAUCAGGAGUUCAAGGAUUACUUUGCUCAGUUCGGCCGCGUUGUCGAUGCCACCCUCAUGAUGGACAAGGAUACGGGCCGGCCAAGGGGCUUCGGCUUUGUCACGUUUGAGAGCGAGGAGGGCGUCGAUGCCUGCCUCAAGACGCACCUGGAGAUCCACGGAAAGCCGAUUGAGGUCAAGAAGGCCCAGCCGCGCGGCAACCUCCGCGAGGAGGAGGAAGCUGCUCGUCGCGGUGGUGGCAAGUUCCGCAAGGGCGGAGACGACGGCGGCACCAACGGCCAGGGCGGGAUGAACAACCAGAUGGGCGGCGCCGGCGGCAUGACACCCCAGGGCAUGGCGCAGCACUUUCAGCGCAUGCAGCAGUACUUCGCCAUGAUGCAGCAGCAGAUGGCCAUGCAGCGCGGCAUGCCGAUGAACCCGGCCAUGAUGCAGCAGAUGAUGCAGAUGCAACAGAUGCAACAGAUGCAGAACCAGAUGAUGGGUGGGCGUGGCGCUGGCGGCCCCAAUGUCCAGAACCCUCAAGCCAUGAUGAACAACAUGAACCCGGCCAUGAUGCAGCAGAUGCAGCAGAUGCAACAGCAACAGCAGCAGCAGAUGAUGGGCGGCGGCGGCGGUGGUGGCGGCGGCAGCGAUGGCGGCCAGGGCAGCCCGGCGCCGGAGCAGCAGCAGGCCCAAGGCGGCGGCGACGGGUUCAAUAACAACAACAAUAACAACAACAACAACUUCAACAACAGCAGCAGCAAAUGUUCAACCAGCAACAGCAGCAGGGGCCGAGGGGCGGAGGCCAGAAGGCGUACGGAGGCUUCGGCAUGGGCGGCGGCCGGGAGGGCCGACGUCGUGGGAGGGCAUCAUCAGCAGCAGCCUGUCGAUCCCAACCACGCGCCGCCGGCGAAUGCGCCGACUGGUCCCAAGAACGCUGGCAGGCCGGGCGCCAACUACCGCGGCGGUGGACGAGGCAACAACCGCGGCUUCCAUCCGUACUCGCGUGGCUAG